AUUCUUAGUUCUCGCGCUGCCAAGACUACUCUUCACUCAUCCUCGAUCAUGACAUCACCGACUGUACAAAAUAACACCCCACAUUCGUUUACGAGCGAACAAGAAGACACGAGCGGCACGGAAGAUCAGCUUCUGCAGUCAAAUGAACCAUCUCCCACUGUUCAUGGCAAGAAUACCAGGAAGAAUGCCACCGAAAAAUCAAUACAGCGACGUGCUCACCGCAAGUCCCGUCAUGGUUGUAAAAUGUGCAAGAGACGGCGUAUAAAAUGCGACGAGACGAAGCCAGAAUGUGCAAAUUGCAGAAGUCGCCAGACUCGAUGUGAUUACCUGUCAGCUGUAACGCGUAGAAGCGACUCAAGUAACACUGAUGCCAGUAUUGCGAGGGCCACCUUUGAACUUACUGUGCCUGACCUGGAGCUGAUGUAUCACUGGACUACGUCUACCUGCUUUACACUUGCGGCGGGAAAUAUGGGGGCCGUUCAUUGGAAGCAAGACGUGACUGAGAUAGGCUUCGCAAACAUAUACGUGUUACGGCUCAUCCUAGCUUUCACUUCUCUUCAUCUAGCUCAUAUGCGCCCAACACCGCUAAAAGAAGAUUAUAUGUCACGUGCGCGCGAACAUUAUACCGCAGCUUUAACCGUCUUGACAGCUGAAAUGACACAUAUCAACUACACUAAUUGCGAUGCUGUCUUAGUCGCUGUUCAGCUUAUAACAUUCAUCACUUGGGCACAAGGACCACAGCCGGGGGACUUUCUUGCGUUUGGUCAUACAGGACGCUCAGAGUGGCUUAAAAUGUUUCGCGGCAUUAAAACUACUAUCGAGACAUUGGGGCCUGAAGCGUUCACGCGUACCCAUGCAGCAGCCCUUCGCUCGAAAGGCAAACCGGUCCCACCUGUCCAUCCGCCGAUGGAAUAUGAAGUCCCGCUGGACAACCUUCGCGAAUGUUCUCUUCGAAUGUUACAACCGCCGUCAUGGAGGUAACAAC